AUGAACCCAAAGCUUCUCUCCAAAGAUGAUCAAAAGUUCAUCCGCUUUUUCGGCGGCCCAAUUCACAUGAUGAUGUUACGAUAUCGCUUCGUGGAGGAGGGCCUUGCCCAGGGCAAACCCGAAACAAAGCGCGUCAUCGCGGAUACGCGGAAGAACGUCAAGUUGUGGAAUCGAGGAGACGAACAAGAGAAGGUGAAGGGUCAAGAACGUGAGAGCCUCGAGCAAUACCGUCACGUUCUGUCCCAAGAAAAGGUGUUGCUCUCCAAUGCCCUUGCGGCGAUGCUGGAAGGAGCCCAUGAAGGCUUAUGCUCUAAGUGCAGCUAUCGGGAGACUUAUGCCGCGCCACAGGCUCAUACAUUCGGCGGGGUCGUUCUUUGUGCCAGAUGUAAGCAAAAGUUGGGCGCUUAUACGGAGAUCAUUCUCGAACGAACGGUCAAAACUUUUCCGGAGGCUGCCGAGACAAUUCGUCUCAGUAAGAUGCGUGCAACGUCAUCAGUUAAGAGAUAA